AUGCAACGACCAAAGCAGUCGCACUUGGAGGCGGCCUUAAAGGUGGUAAGGUAUGUCAAGAAGGAACCUACUCUUGGAAUACUGUUGAAGGCUUCGGGUGAUAAUCAAAUAAAAGCAUAUUGUGAUGCUGAUUGGGCAGGAUGUCUGAUGACAAUGAAGUCUAUUAUUCAGUUUUGUAUAAAGCUUGGGGAUUAUUUAGUCUCAUGGAAAUCGAAGAAGCAAUGUACUGUAGCUAGGUCUUCUGCUGAAGCAAAAUACCGAGGAAUGACAGCAGUAGCAGCUGAAAUCACAUGGUUAAGAGGCUUAUUAACUGAAAUUGGUGUAGAAAAUGUAAAACCAGCAAAAUUGUAUUGUGGCAUCAAAGUGGCAUUGCAGAUAUCAGCGAACCCGAUUUUCCAUGAGCGGACACAAAGCAUAUUGAAAUAG